AAUCGUAUUCCUUGGUGAUUUUAAUAAUUUUGAUGUUUCGAACCUAACCCGUAGUCUUAGUUUGAAGCAAGUUGUUUCUGCUCCUACAAGGGGGUCUUCUACCCUUGAUCUCAUCGUCACCGAUUUACAAGAUUUUUAUGACAAGCCGUAUAUUCUUGCUCCGCUUGGGUCUGCUGACCAUAAUAUAGUACGAUGGGUUCCUAAUAAAGUUGAUGCUAUUACCAAACCUAAACCAAUUAAGCGUCUUAUACGCCGCUAUCCGCCUUGAAUUCUUUCGGCCGAUGGGCCAGCACGCAUCAAUGGUUCAGUAAUCUGUGUCCAAGCCCUUCCGUAGAUGACCUAGCUAAUUCCUUCUCAUCCCAAGUAUCUACAGCAUUUGACAGUCUUAUUCCCCUGAAAUCUGUUAGGUUUUGCCAUUCCGAUAAACCAUGGAUGUCUGUGUCUAUCAAAAAACUCAUUAAUGACCGUCAAAGAGCUUUCCAUGGUGGAGAUGUUCUGCAGUGGAGAACAUUGAAAUAUAAGGUCCAGACCGAAAUAGCCGUAAGAAAGAAAGAAUAUUACAAAACUAAAGCACAACAUCUUAAGAAAGACGAUUGCCGAAAGUGGUGGCAAGUCGUAAAUAAGUUGUCUGGCCGAUCUCAGAAGUGUACUAAACUUACCUUUGAAAAGGAAGGUGAAUUAUUAUCAGAUUUAGAACUGGCCAAUAACUUGAACAAGUUUUUCAUCUCGGUUAACGCAGACAUUCCACCACUAGAUAUAACCACGUUACCAGCAUACUUACCUGCUGUUGAUCAAGUGCCUUACAUCGAACCGCACGAAGUCUGUGAGAAAUUAUUGGUCGUUAAUGCCUCCAAAACAUGUGGUCCUGAUAAUAUUCCAGGUCGCCUUUUGAAGGAAUUUGCGCACCUUUUCGCUGAACCAGUUGCGAAAAUCUUCAAUAUGUCACUUGCAUCCGGGAUUGUUCCAAAUAUAUGGAAAGACUCACAUAUUACUCCCAUUCCAAAAGUUAACCAACCAACUGACGAGGGUGACACAAGACCCAUUUCACUAACGCCAUGCCUUUCUAAAGUUCUCGAAGAUUUUGUCGUUAGAUGGAUGAUCUCUGACGUUAGGAAUAAUAUUGAUGCACAACAGUUCGGUUCUUUAAAGGGUUCAUCCACGACCUAUUGCUUGCUCGACAUGUUGCAUUGUUGGCUUUCUCAUUUAGAUUCAACUGGUCAUUUUCUUCGCAUAUGCUUUUUGGAUUUUUCAAAGGCCUUCGAUCGUAUUGGCCAUAACAUUCUUAUCCAAAAACUUGUUGAUAUUGGCGUUAGGCGAUCGUUAAUACCAUGGAUCGUAAACUUUCUAUCAGGGCGAAGACAGCGGGUCAAACUUGCGGAAGCUGUUUCUUGUUGGCUUCCUGUCACAGCCGGUGUCCCCCAAGGUACGAAGUUGGGUCCGAUCCUGUUCUUAAUUAUGGUCAAUGAUUUACAAUGCGGUUCGGGGAGGUCUGGCAAUUGGAAAUUCGUUGAUGAUGUUACUAUCUCCGAGGGAUUAUUAAGGAAUGUGGAACCGUCUGUAAUCCAGUCCGAUUUAACUUCUAUAGCUACAUGGGCAUCUAAUAACCUGAUGAAAUUGAACGCAAAGAAAUGCAAAGAGAUGCAAAUUUGUUUCUUUCGGAACAAACCUGAACUACCACACUUGUGUGUUGAAGACCAGAUCUUAGAAUGUGUAUCGUCGCACAAGGUUCUUGGAUUGAUUAUCCAGGAUGACCCUAAGUGGACGAACAUAUUUCGAUGA